CAAAAUUAGGUAUACCUGCUAAUGGGCAGAUGGGUAAAUGCAUAUCGCGCUGCAGCUGCUACAGCGGUAAAGCUAAACAGCUGUUUGUAAUUGUUUUGAUAAGAAAGUACACAAGUCCAUAAGUAUGCAGCGAACAUCUCAACUUUGGCAAUUACCUGGCAUUGCUUACCGGUCGACAUUUCGAAUUAGACAGUUUCAUAGCCGACGGGCAACAGCCCAUCAGAGUAAUCAAAGUCGUAGCUGGAAGACUUUGCCCUUUGUACGUCUGGGAUUUGCACUGGUUGGUGCUGGAGCACUUGGCUAUGAUGGCUAUGUUAAUGAUUUCACCUACUCAGGAUCGUCGGUGCGCUUUGUGCGUUCAGUGAAGACAGCGGUGUUAAUUGCUAUCGAUUAUUUGGGACUCGAUGAAAAUGAUGCCGAGUACAAGACAAAGAUUAAGGUAUUACAUCAAAAGAGUGCUGAUCGUCUGCUGGAAACCUGUCUGCUUAACGGUGGCCUCUAUAUAAAAGUGGGGCAAGGCUUUGCGGCCAUCAAUCACAUAUUGCCCAUUGAAUAUACCAGUACGCUAGCUAAGCUACAGGAUCAAUGUUUGCCUACGUCAAAAGAGGACAUUCAAAAGGUGUUUCGCACAGAUUUUGGCCAAUUGCCUGAGGAGUUAUACGAAGAGUUUGAUUACAAGCCCAUUGCGGCCGCGAGUUUAGCUCAGGUGUUCAAAGCGAGAUUGCAUAGCGGCGAGCAGGUGGCCGUCAAAGUGCAGUACAGCGAUUUGCAGAAGCGAUUUAUUAGUGAUGUGGCGACCAUUAUCUUUCUCCAGGACAUUAUCGAGUUGGUCUUUAAGAACUACAAUUUCGGCUGGAUCAUGAACGAUCUGCGCAAGAAUCUAGUACAAGAACUCAACUUUGUUCAGGAAGGACACAAUGCUGAACGAUGCGCGAACGAUUUAAAGAAGCUUAGCUAUGUUGCAGUCCCCAAAAUCUAUUGGCCACAAACAAAAACUCGCGUGCUGACCAUGGAAUGGAUGGAUGGCUAUAAAAUCGGCGAUGUGGAUGCAAUUAAGCAACAAAACCUAAGCCUCAUUGAUGUUGACUCGAAGCUAUAUAAUGUGUUUGCCGAGCAAAUCUUUCACACUGGUUUCGUGCACGCUGAUCCGCAUCCCGGCAACAUUUUUGUACGAAAAAAUGCACACAAUGGACACGCGGAGAUUGUCUUAUUAGAUCAUGGGCUCUACGAGGAGUUGCCGGAGAAUGUGCGCGGUCCGCUGUGUGAGUUUUGGGAGGCAACUGUUUUGCGAGAUGAGGCCAAGAUGAAGGUGGCUGCCAACAAGAUUGACGUAGUCGAGUAUAUCAAGUUUGCUGAAGUGCUCUUUCAGCAGCCCAUACGAAUGCGCAGCGGUCCAAUUCGUAGCAAGCUCUCUCAGGAGGAGCUUGAUCACAUACGCAAGGUGGCCAGGGAGAACUUCGAUGUUAUUAUGAGUACGCUCAAGGAAAUGCCGCGCAGCAUGCUAUUCGUCAUCCGCAAUUUGAAUACGGUGCGAUCCAUUGGGGACAAGCAUGGGAAUGUUGUGAAUCGUCCACAGGUCAUGGCACGCUAUGCCCAGCGCUGUCUUUACCAGCGCAAUCAGAGAUCCCCGGUACAGUACAUGCGCUGGAUGUGUCGUCGCAUUUACUUCGAGUACUGUCUGUGGUCAGCAUCAAUGCGGUUACGGGUCAUGAACUAUUAUUUUAAUUUCUUGUAUCUGGUGGGACGCGCUCCGGAAUCUGCAAAAACGCUAAUGCAUGAUUUGAUGGAACAGGACAAGCAGCAAUUGCACUAGCUAAUUGAGCAUUUCUCUAUAAGCAUUUGUCGUUAAUGUGUGCAAUACUUUUUAUAAUUGUGAUUCUUGUCAUUUCAAAGAAGCUAAAUAGAUUAAAACUUGCAACUUUUA